UGAAUAUUGAAUACUUCUCUUCCUCAUGUGCAUUUUCAAAUGUAAUACGAGUUCCUGAUUAUCAUGUGUCCAUGGCGUUUGUACUUCACAUACAUUUCGGUUACUAUUGGCAGCUCUUUCGUGUUCGGUUACCAUACUGGGGUUAUAAAUGCUCCCUUGUCACUAAUACAAAACUUUACUGAGGAAGUGAUUAAUGACAGAAACUACAGAUGCAGCUCAUCAUGUGUGAGAAUAAUCAUGUCUUUCUGUGUGACAGCAUUUGUAAUUGGCGGAUUAUUAGGUGGUCUUAUUGGUGGAGUUGUUACGAACCAACUUGGUCGGAGAAAGACCUUGUUAAUUCUUUCACUCCCAACAAUUUUGGGGUCUGUGCUUAUCACAAUUUCAGCGGUAGUCAAUUCAUUUGAGGCUAUAAUACUUGGUAGAUUCAUAGUUGGUAUUUCCGCAGGUGCUUAUACGGUUGUGGCUCCUACUUACCUCUCUGAAGUUGCUCCACCUGAGUCACGAGGAGCAGCAGGCAUAGUGAAUCAGAUCGUGACUGUCUUUGCCAUCUUAUUAUCUCAGGUCUUAGGACUACCUCAAGUAAUGGGUACACGGAUAUUAUGGCCAUUUUUGUUAGGUCUUUGUGCUCCUGCUUGUCUUUUACAUGUGAUAUGUAUGUUGUUUUGCCCCGAAAGUCCCAGCUACUUAUAUUUGAUAAAAGGCGACAAACAGGCUGCAAAAGAGGCUCUUUUGGUGCUUAGAGGUAGAGAUUAUGAUACUCAAACGGAGUUAGACUCGCUUCAUCAGGAUUUGGAAUUCACUGGUGUUCACCAGUUGUCAAUGAAAGACUUCUUCCGAGUCUCUUAUCUGCGAUGGGGUCUGUUCGUUGCACUUGUUCCGCAUAUUGGACAGCAGCUAUCUGGAAUUAACGGUGUUUUUUAUUAUUCUGUCCUAUUAUUUAAAAAUAUUGGUCUUACAAACAAUGAAGCCAGUCUAGUGAAUCUUGGAGUUGGAGCCACUAUUCUUUUAGCUACUAUUGUAUCAGUAUUUAUAGUUGACAGAGGAGGUAGACGUAUGCUGCUACUCAUUGGCUUCUCAGUGUGCCUAUUCAGUUUAAUUGUAUUCACAACACUUUUAGUAGUCCAAAAGUAUACUCAAACAUCCUGGUUAAUGUAUAUUUCAAUCCUUGUACUAUACCUAUUUGUCUCAGGAUUCGCUAUUGGUCCAGGCUCCAUUCCAUGGUUUCUUGUAGCUGAACUGUUUACUCAAGAACAUCGAGAUUCUGCAGCAAGUGUGGCUGUUGGUGUUAAUUGGCUUUGCAAUAUUAUUGUUGGUCUUGUCUUCCCCCAAUUACUCGCAGUCAUAGAUAUGUAUGCUUUUGUUCCAUUUGUAUGCGUACUUACCACUGUUAUUGUCCUGAUUGCAUUAUACCUACCGGAAACAAAAGGUUUUAGCCCGAUUUAUACUGAAUCAAUAUUCAAGGCACAGGUUAGACAUUCAUCUGUUAUUUCGUUUCGUUAAACAAUGAAGGAACUAUAAUCAUCAUAUGAUAGUGUCAGUGUUAGAUAGAAAUUGUCGUUACAUCACUGCUGGACAGUAUUUCUAAAUGUGUUAUGCUUAUUUAAUGAACGGAGGAAAAGCAAUCAAAAAGUUUCGAGUUAACUACUUCUUUUCUGUUUACGUCAUCAUACACUAAGUUAAAAUUUUGAUGUACCUACCAAAUUUGAAAUCUCAGUUACCUCCUACCCGUUUCCUUCCUUCUUUUCAGAGUAAGUGACUUUAUAAUCCAUUCUUCAGUGACUGUUAUUUUUCUAUGCUAUAAUUGAGGAGUUUUUCUUGAGUUUGUGGUGUUAAAUAUGUUAACAGAUAGACAUUUCUAUUUUUUGAUAAAGAUUUCAUCAUUUUUUUUCCAAUUUAUACUUAGUAAACAUUAAUAUUCAAUAUUGCCUAAAUUAUACGAUAACUAUAAUAACAAUAAUAUUAUUAUUAUUAUUAUUACUGCAACCAUUACUGAUGUUGUCUAGACCAACAUCAAGAUAACCUUGUUGGUAUACUGCUUACUAUCUGAUUAUUCACCUGAGAUGCUUACACUGUUAUUAUUUUUAUACAUCGUUUGUGCUUUGAAGUUUCUUUAGCGGUUAGAUUUGUUUUACGGGGUAGGGUUGCUAGCCCUAUGCCCAACCUUCCCUCUUUACCCGGGCUUAGGACCGGCUAGUAACUAGUGAACUAGUUAACCAGUCGAGGUUACACUGUUAUAAAGAUAAAUGGAUAUCUUUGUUUUGUUAACUUGCUGACUCUAUUUCUUCUCGAUUAUUUUCAUUGAAAUGGAUUAUUUGAUUUCAAACUUUUCUUAUCAGUGAACAGUACAGAAGAUUUUUUCAAGUUAUAAGCAUUAUACGAAGAGUAUUAUGUAUUGAGUAUUUAGGAAAACCUGUAACAGGGAAGAAGGAUAUGAAGGUUAAAAGAGUUGUACACUGUAUGCUAAGCAAUGUAAGUAUUCAAUUCUAGGAACUAACGGCAAUUUGUUGAUCAGCUGUCUAUUGUAACCAACAAGUUAACUGGCGCAUAACUAUGUUGUAUCCAGCUAUAUUGGAUGUUAGCGGUCAUAUAGAAUAAAACUUCACUCUACGUAGACUUCGUGUUUACUGGAACAUAUCUGCAAAGCGUAUCUGAAGAUUCGGUAAACUGUGGUUACCUUUGCUAUUCGACUCUAUUAUGCACACUUUAGUAUUGAAAUCAUGAGACUGACCUCCUGUGAUGGCUAUAUCAAAGAUCUAGUUGAUCGAUUUGGUAGAAACUUAAAAGUUGAUGGUUACAUGUAAUCCAGUUUCAUAUAUGAUUAAUCUUGUCUUCAGUACCUUCAUAGUAUAAUUUGUGACUAAGAUAAUGUGUGAAACAGGUUAAAUUCUCUCAGUUUGAAGACUUACUACAAGUAAUUGCCAAUGAGUUUGAAAAUAAAAGAGUGAACGACUUUUAAACGACUACUGUUUUGUAUUCAACAAAUUUGAAUUUUCCAAGUUAUUUAUACAUUUCAAGGUGAGUGUAAUCGUCAUUGAUGCUUCCUUCUACGUGAAUAGACAGAUUUACUGACACAUUAGAUAGGGAACAUAAUCUGAAGAAAAACUUAUCAGUUUCUUUGUUUGUUUUUUUUCUAAAAAGAUUAAAACAAAAUAUUUUCAGAGUUCUAAGAGUUCAGAAACAUACAUUAAGGCUUUUUCAUCAACCACACUUGAUGUUGUGCAUGAAUGAUGAGAAAGUGAUGCAUUUUAAAGCAGAUUUUAUCACACAUUAGCAUUAAAUUAGUACUUCUAAAUUGGAAUAAAACACCUACUGAAUAUUUUGUGUUUCUAAUUGCAUUACCAGG